AUGGCCGAUGCGGACGUGGACGAGACAACCGCCCUGCUGCCCGCUGACCACGGCGCUCUUUCGGACGACUUGGAGCGACGGCAGUCUUAUACCACCUCGUUGAGACGCAUCUCCUCUGCCAACUUACCCCCGUACCACGAGGCCUGCACACCAAGCGGUGACGAGCCGUCUUCGGCGCUGACCAUCUGGACCGUCGUGCCGGUGUCGCUACUCGGCGUCUUCGUCGCCAAUCUUGACGGCAGUCUGAUCAUUGCCUCGAGCCAGCAGAUCGCGUCCGAGUUCGAUGCCCUGUCGAGCGCCUCGUGGCUGGUCACAAGCUUUGUGCUUGCCUUGUGUGCCAGCCAGCCCCUGUAUGGCAAGCUAAGCGACAUCUUUGGCCGACGGAGCAACCUCACGGUAUCGUACAUCUUCUUUGCAGUUGGAUGUUUUCUAUGUGGCGUUGGUCAACAGUACUGGCAAGUCAUCGCGGGCCGCGCCAUCUCCGGCGUCGGCGGAGCGGGCAUGACGGCCUUGGUGUCUAUCAUUAUUGCUGACGUGGUUCCCGUGAGGGAAGUUGCAAGCUGGAGGAGCUACGUCAACAUCGCCGCCACGACGGGAAGAGCCCUAGGUGGCCCGCUCGGAGGUGUUCUAUGCGACACCAUCGGCUGGCGCUGGUGCUUCUACGGUCAAGUGCCACCGACAGUCAUCGGCCUUGUCCUUAUCCUCUGGAAACUACCCAACAAGACCGUGAAGACGGCCAAGCCCGACGAUGACCACGAUUUCCCUUUCAGGCAGAAGCUGGCGAGGGUGGACGUGCCGGGCGCCCUUGUGCUGAUGGCUUCCAUCGUCAGCUUUCUGCUCGCUCUGGAGUUCGUGACCGAGGACCUCCCGAUUGCUUACUGCGUGAUCCCGGGCGUCGUCUCGUUCCUCAGCCUCGCUCUGUUCUAUUACAUCGAGAAACGAUGGGCUAGCGAGCCCAUUCUGCCGAUCGAUCUCUUCACCAACCCGGCCACUUUGACGGCCUACGCCCUCGCCGGGUUUCAAAUGGCCGGCCAAUUCGGCCUCUUCUACUCAGUGCCCAUCUACUUCCAGAUCAUCUCCGGCACCAAUGUCGGCCAGGCCGGCCUGCGCCUCGUGCCCUCCGUGGUCGGCAACGCCACGGCGGGCCUGAUAGCAGGGUACAUGAUCUCCAAAACGGGCCGCUACAAGCUUCUCACCGUCAUAGCCAACUGUGCGGGAUGGGUGGGAUACCUCUUGGUGUUGCUGCGCUGGGGCCGCAACACCAUCCACCACCCGGCCGAAACCCUCUACAUCUUCCUGGGCGGGUUUGCAACCGGCACGGACCAGUCCACCACGUUCGUCCACCUGGCCGCCAAUCUGGACGCCAGCAGGAUGGCCGUCGCAGGCACAACGCUCUAUCUGGUUCAGAAUCUGUUCCUCCUCCUCGGAAUCCAGCUGGCCACGGCCAUCCUGCAAGCCAGGCUGAGGAUCAGACUCAACGAGGGACUAGACGGCGUGAGGCACAAGAAGAAGAUCAUCGACUCGGCCGUCUCGAGCGUGCGCUCCAUCCGAACCCUGCCCCUACGGAUAAGGGUCCUCGUCAUCCGCGCCUACCUCGACGGAUUGGCGUGUACCUUUGCCAUGUCCCUAGCUUUUGCCACAUUGGGCGUCAUCGCCGCGCUGCUUCUGCGGGAACGAAAGCUGUGA